CUUCUCAAACCCGGAAGCGUUUUCCUCUAUCGGCCGAGACUACUAUUCGCUCCGGCUGCUACGAGUUCAAUCAGUUACUUUUUGGGUACCUGCUCGUAUCGGGCGCCUGAUAUAUUCCCUUUUAGACAGAUUAAAGGAGAGCGAGCAUGGCUGGUCGGCUACCGGCUUGUGUUGUUGACUGUGGCACGGGGUACACAAAGCUGGGUUAUGCAGGAAACACUGAGCCACAGUUCAUCAUCCCUUCAUGUAUCGCCAUCAAAGAAUCGGCGAAGGUGGGAGACCAGGCCCAGCGCAGGAUGAUGAGGGGCGUUGACGACCUGGACUUUUUCAUCGGGGACGAAGCCAUCGACAAACCGUCGUAUUCAACAAAAUGGCCGAUCCGUCACGGGAUUGUGGAGGACUGGGACCUGAUGGAGAGAUUCAUGGAGCAGAUCAUCUUCAAGUAUCUGCGGGCAGAACCUGAAGACCAUUACUUUCUUCUGACGGAGCCUCCUCUCAACACACCGGAGAACAGGGAGUACACGGCUGAGAUCAUGUUCGAGUCCUUCAACGUCCCCGGACUCUACAUCGCUGUUCAGGCUGUCCUGGCGCUGGCUGCAUCCUGGACGUCCCGACAAGUUGGAGAGCGGACGCUGACGGGGACUGUGAUCGACAGCGGAGACGGAGUGACGCACGUCAUCCCUGUGGCUGAAGGGUACGUCAUCGGCAGCUGCAUCAAGCACAUCCCCAUCGCCGGUCGGGACAUCACGUACUUCACCCAACAGCUGCUGAGGGAGCGAGAGGUGGGGAUUCCUCCGGAGCAGUCCCUGGAGACGGCUAAAGCUGUCAAGGAGCGUUUCAGCUACGUCUGUCCCGACCUUGUGAAAGAGUUCAACAAGUACGACACAGACGGCUCCAAGUGGAUCAAGCAGUACACGGGCAUCAACGCCAUCAGCAAGAAGGAGUUCACCAUCGACGUGGGCUAUGAGCGCUUCCUGGGGCCGGAGAUCUUCUUCCACCCUGAGUUUGCCAACCCCGACUUCACCCAGCCGAUCUCAGAGGUGGUGGACGAGGUCAUCCAGAACUGCCCCAUCGAUGUCAGACGUCCGCUGUACAAGAACGUCGUGCUCUCCGGAGGCUCCACCAUGUUCAGGGACUUCGGCAGACGCCUGCAGAGAGACCUGAAGAGGACGGUGGACGCCCGGCUGAAAAUGAGCGAAGAGCUGAGCGGAGGCAAACUGAAGCCUAAGCCCAUCGACGUGCAGGUCAUCACUCACCACAUGCAGAGGUACGCUGUCUGGUUCGGAGGGUCGAUGCUGGCAUCUACACCUGAGUUCUACCAAGUGUGCCACACCAAGAAAGACUACGAGGAGAUCGGCCCGAGCAUCUGUCGCCACAACCCCGUCUUCGGAGUUAUGUCUUAGGGGGUGCUGUCCGAGGCGUGGCGAGACCUCACAAUGCUGUGGAAGUCCCAUGAGCCUUUGCACGGAUGCUCCUGUCACACUCGUCAUUCGAAAAAUAGAGCGACAGCGGACCAAACAAACUGCCAAAAAAAAAAAAAGAAGAA